UUUCUAGGUAUGUAUUUGUGCACUAGUUAGUUUGCUUGUUGUAAUAGUAUCACCGUAAAUUGUGCGUUUGACGAUUGUGAAAGGAAAAUCUGAAAUGAAUAUGCUGUUACUUCAGCAAGGUAUUCGUAUUUGUGAAUGUUGUGACUGAUGCAUUGUAGUGUGCAUCUCAAAACAUUGUAGACAAGAACGUUUAUGGAAGGCGUGUGAUUGCACAAAGUUUUAUAACAUCGAACAUAGUAAAUUAGACACUCCCCCGACGAAUUUUAACUGUGUUCAAAUUUGAUGAUUUUGUAUUACACUAGUUGGUGUGUGUGUUAAGAAAUUUCACUAAUGUCUUACAGAGUCUAGUUAAGAAUAAGAAAAAGAUCUAAACUAUAGAAAUGAGUGCAAUGGUUGAAAACAGUGUCUCCUUUUGUAAUGGAAUUGACAGGGCGUCUUCUGAUGAAUCCGAUGAUGGGGUUAUUUCUGAACAACAUGAUUGGGAUACUUUUGGACUGGAAUUUGCAGCAUCACAGUGGUUAAAAUUAGUAAUAAAUGCAGAGCACCUUUUUAGUAGACUUAUCAGUAACACGUCUUUGGCAGUGGAAGAUAAAAACCAAAUAGAACAAUGGUUGUGUCUCAAACAAGAGUGUGAAGAAUGUGUUAUAAAUGAUGGUUCAGUUAGUGGUAGAGAUUGUGGUGCAAGAGUGUUGGAGCGUAUAGAUGAGUUAACUGAAUUUGAUGAACAGACAGACAGGUCUUUGGAAGCGGAAACAAAUAAUAUACAUUACCAGAAUGGAAAUUUUGAUCCAGAUACAGAAAGUGAUUCUGAUUCUCAGCACCCAGAAUUUGUAGACAGGCUCACUUAUUUCAUGGAUAAAUUUAAAAAUGAAACAGAUGAAAGGGUUAAAAAACUUAACUACAUGUUUAUUAAGACAGGUGACAACUGUCAUGUAAAUCAAUGGUACAAUGGCGAAUCAGAUAAAUACUGUGAAAAUAGGAUAAAUUGCAUUGAGGACACAAACCAUAACCUGCUUCAGAAGCGGCGUAUGAGCAUUUUUCCAAGAACUGCUGUGCUUGAUAUAAAUGUAGAACAGACAUUAAGUGAUGAUUGUGAGCAUGUAGAUUUUAAUUUGAAUCCUGUUAAGGAAGAAUGUGACUGGGAAGAAGAUAAUAUUUAUGACAGGUGUAAAUCUGUUUCCUGCAGUGAUAUGGCAGCAGCAGUAGUUGCCUGCGAAGAUACAGCUGCUCCAUAUGAAGAGUUGAGAAUUCUUGCAGCAGGAAAUGAAAUGAAGCAAUCACAAAUGAGAAAAGUUCUUAUUGAUUUGGAAGAGGCACAUAAAAGAAUAGAAGAGCUUCACAAAACAAUAGAGAUCAAAGAACAGUUUAUUGCAGAUAUGAUUAAAAAUAGUGAUAUGAGAUCUUCUGCAAAGCAUCGGUUUCAGAAAAAAAGAAAGAAACUUGAAGAAGGAUACUAUAAAACACGAUCACAAUUAGCACAAUCAGAGAAUGCAUUAAUUUUGGUCUCUAAGAAUGGCUUCUCUGAUGAGUUUUUGAAACAUAAGAAAGAAAUUGAAAAACAUAAGUCAGUAGCUGUACAGUACAAGAAACGCCUCAUGGACAUUGAGAUGAUGAAACAGAUAGCUAGUGAAAGUGCAAAAAAAAUUUUGGAGCUGGAGAAUAGCCUAUUGCUGUCAAAAAGGCAAAUGGAAAGAUUAGAAAAACAGCUGAAAAAAGAGGAAAAGCAAAAAGAAGUUUUAGAAAAGGAGUUACUUCAAGAUCAAACAAAGAUAAAAGAAUUAGAGCAGAAGUAUAAAUUACAGUUAUCUAAGCUGAAUAAAAUGGAAGAACAGAAGGAUAGGGAUGAUAUUAGACUGCAGUGGAUCUUUGAGGAAGAGAAGAGGUUAGCUAAUAUGCAGGAAUCUUCACAGAAGUUUAAAGAACAGCUAAUUGAACAUCAGACAUUACUGGAAAAACGGGAAGCAUUAUUCAAAGAGAAACUUUGUGUAGAGAAAAACAAAGUAAGAUAUUUGUCAGAUGUCAGUUCAAAACCCUCUCUUAUGGAACAAAUGUCAAAAGAGAAUUCUGAUGGCAUUCAAAAACAAAAUGGAGAUGAGAAAGAAGCUCUACGCAUUGAAAUAAGAAAUCUUCGAAAAACAAGAGAUUGUCUUGUCGAACAGAGAUGUCAUUAUGAUAAAUUGAAAAAGGAAAAUAAACUUUCUGCUUUAGAAGAACGAAAGUUAUUAGAACACGAUGAAGCCAUUGAGGCCAUUGAUGCAACAAUUGAAUACAAGAAUGAAAUGAUAUGUGGACGAAAAUCUCAUGAUUUAGAUUAUUCUCAGGUUCCCAGAGAGAAAGAUGAAGAGCUACUUAUUUCACAUCUAAUGAAGCUUUCCACUGUAGAAAUGCGUUCUUUGCUUCACAAAUAUUUUCUAAAAGUUAUUGAUUUAAAAGAGAGUGGAAAGAAAAUGGAAAUUCAGUUAGCAGAAGUAGAUGCACAGAAUGAUUCUUUGAAAUGGAAAAUUCAUGAACUUACAAAUUCGUUGUACCAGUCACAUUUGGAAGCAGAGCGCCACAUAGUUUUACUGGAAAAGGAUUAUCAGGAGAAACUACAUCUGAUGUUACGACAUUGUGCGGAGGAGUCGAGUGGAAGCUCUGGCCCUGAGGGCAAUGCCAUACGUGAAAAGAACAUGGAAAUCAGUCAGUGUAGACAAGAGAACAAAAUGCUGAAGAGGAGGAUCUGUCAGUUAGAAGCUCUGUUACAGGUUUCUGGGAAACCUCAUGCAGCAGGUCAGCUUGAGAGCCCUGCUGCAGCUAUUCCACAAAAGAACCUUAAACAGCUUCAGGGCCCUUCACCAUCCCCAACAACCAAAGUUACAAGAAAGAAAAAUAAGCUUAUUAUCCAACAAGAAAAAUACAGAGAAGCUUCAUGACAUCUCUGCUGUUCCCACAAAGAUCUUGUUCUUGCCUGAUAUGGUACUUUGUGAAACAUAUGACAGAAAUGCAUUUUUCUUAAAAGUAAUUUUGACUGUUUUCUGGGUGUAAUUGUUUUUAGCAGUUACUUUUUAGUUUUAUAGUACCAUUGUUGCACGCUUUAAAUAACUGAUAUGUCAUACAUUUUAUCACAUAUGGACACUUUGACAUAUUACUGAGACCUUUAUGUUGUUAUAUCCAGAAGGUGAACUACUACUUAAUUGCUAGAUGUAGUAAUAGAACUAUGUUAAUAUGAAAUGUCACCUUCUGAUAUCUCUUUCAUUCGUGUUUACACAAAUAAGUCAUUUGUACAUAAAAUUGAAGAAAAUGUCCUAGUUAUUAGAAAAUCCUACCAAAGAUUUUUUCCAAACAGAAUUGAUAUGUGAGGACUGUUUGGUUGUAUAUAAUGCGUGUUAUGAUUUUGACUAUUUCGUGAUGUAGCUGCUGCCUGUACUAGAUUAUAGUGUUAUUUCAACUGUGUUACAUCUCAUCAGAGAAAACGUAUGCUUUACCUGAUAAGACUGGAUGUGUGUGUAUAUAUUGUAGCAUUUGAACAUUCUUUUUACAUGUUGUAAUAAAAUUUCAACCUGUGAUGUACUUAACAAGGGCUUGUAAUUAUAUCAUUUUAAAUGAUAAACUGCAUCUAAAGAUGAUAUGAAUCUCUGUAAAUUUGUAGUGUUCUUGGAAAGACAAUAUCUGAGAUGAAUUAUGAUCUGAUAUACUGUAAGAAUUACUGUUCAAUAUUAUAUGUGUAAUAAACUGAAUGUUAAGUAAAGUCAAA